AUGGCAUCGAUUCGUCCUUUCCCAGCGUUCUCUACACUGCAGCGCCGUCUGCACCGUUACUACUCUUCCGCCGCAACACCACAGACUUCUCCAUUCGCACCUCGACAUUUGCUCUCAAUUGCGGAUCUCACGCCAGCAGAACUCACUACCCUCGUUCGCAAUGCUCAUAAACACAAAACGGCUAUCAAAUCAGGGGAGAUUCCCCAAUCGCUGCGCGGAGCGUUGACCGGAAAGACGGUUGCUAUGACCUUCAGCAAGAGGAGUACCCGUACGAGGAUAUCCACGGAGGGAGCUGUUGUCACAUUGGGAGGGCAUCCCAUGUUUCUAGGCAAGGAUGACAUACAACUUGGUGUUAACGAAUCUCUUUACGAUACGGCCGUUGUGCUAUCCAGCAUGACUUCUGCCAUUGUCGCCCGAGUAGGGCCGCACUCCGAUGUUGCGGACCUAGCGAAACACUCCUCUGUACCCGUCAUUAACGCACUCUCCGACCUUUACCAUCCCCUUCAGAUCAUCGCCGAUUUCCUCACGAUCGCGGAGGUCAACCUCUCAAGUUCCAGUUCGACGCUCGGUCUGGAAGGGAUGAAGAUCGCAUGGGUCGGUGACGCGAAUAACGUCUUGUUUGAUCUUGCCGUCGGCGCCGCCAAACUCGGUGUAGACAUCGCCGUAGCGACACCCAAGGGCUAUGAGAUCCCACAACAGAUGCGCGAGGUGAUUAGCCAGGCCGCUGCUACAGCACCGAAAGCUGGCAAGCUAUUCGAGACCAACGUACCAGAAGAGGCCAUCAAGAAUGCCGACAUCCUCGUCACCGACACCUGGGUGUCAAUGGGACAAGAGGAGGAGACAGCCAAGCGUCUCGCUGCGUUUAAGGGUUUCCAGAUAACCUCUGAACUGGCGAAGCGUGGAGGCGCAAAGGAGACUUGGUCAUUCAUGCACUGCUUACCCCGGCAUCCGGAAGAGGUUAGCGACGAAGUCUUCUACGGACCUAGGUCCGUUGUUUUCAGGGAGGCAGAGAACCGGUUGUGGUCCGCCAUUUCUGCUUUGGAGGCAUUCGUUGUGAAUAAGGGUAAGAUACAGUAGACAGCAGCUUCGAUUUCUCAUUGAGCAGUUCUGGUGGAUGCAUGCCUCUCGUUCGCGCGCACCUCGUUGGUGUUCAUUCCAGCUGUUCAAAGUAGUGCAGCCAAUUGACCAAGAGCUACUAUGUCCUCACCACUGCACAACCUUUUGCAGAUGUCCAUAGAAGUCAAGCGAGCUUCGUGGUGUUCUGUACCACUGCUCAACCAUGGAAUAAUCCUAAAUUUUGAAGCGAACUCAACUGGCAGACACCCUUGUGACCGCGUCUCACGGCAUUUGCUUCGCUCCUUCGUCGAGAGUGUGGGGAAUCGAUCGCAAUCACUCCAUUAGUCUUGCUUUUCUGAAUAAGGACAUCCUGGGUGCUGUAUAUGGACUUUGG